UUUUGCUUAUAACCAAAACCCCACUUUUUUUCACCUUGUUUUUAACAUUUUUCUCCCAAGAUUUGUCGUGGGGUGGAUCCAUAAUUUAUUUAGUUUCGUCGUAUUAUUAUCUUGUGCUGUUUCCAAGGAGGAAGUGGAACCUAGCAGUAAAAAUUGUGAAAAUUUCAUUGUACUUGAAUUGAGCUCAAUUAGGGUUUUAGGGUAAAAUUCCGUGGUUGUAUAUAUAAUGGAGAAAGAAGGAAACUAUUCGGCUACAGGAAAUUAUCCUGCAAUUGACUAUUCUAUUGAAAAUCAUCAGCAGCAGCAGCAGAUAAUGAGGCCAGAAAUUGGAGAAACUUCUGCUGAUAAUACUUGUCAAAUGGUUGAUUAUAUGAUUAAUAAUCAUCCACUUCAAUCCUCCAAUUUUUGUGGUUCAACUUCGCUGGAUAAGUUGAGCUUUGCAGAUGUGAUGCAACUGGCAGAUUUUGGCCCCAAGUUGGCAUUAAAUCAAGCUAGAACUUCUGAUGAUCGAGAAACUGCAGGAGGGAUUGAUCCGGUUUACUUCCUCAAGUUUCCGGUUUUAAACGAGAGAUUGCAAGAUGAUCAAUCCCUACUGGGGGAAGCUCAAGCCCUUGGAGACAAUCAAGAAAGUAAUGGUAAAGCGGUGGAAGAAGGUGGUGAAGAUAUGUUUGAGGAGAAUAACUCUGUUCAAUUAAGGUUUCUUGGAAAAAAUCUUGAAAAAAACCCAGUUACGGAAUCAAUUAAGAACAAGAGAAAGAGGCCUAGAACUAUAAAGACAAGUGAAGAAGUUGAGAGCCAAAGGAUGACACAUAUCGCAGUCGAAAGAAACCGGAGAAAGCAAAUGAAUGAACAUCUUCGAGUUCUUAGGUCCCUCAUGCCUGGUUCUUAUGUCCAAAGGGGAGAUCAAGCUUCGAUAAUAGGUGGAGCCAUUGAGUUUGUGAGAGAGUUAGAACAACUUCUCCAGUGUCUCGAGUCACAAAAGAGGCGACGACUCUAUGGAGAUGGCCAAAGGCCAAUAGGAGAUCCUUCUCUUGUGGUGCAGCAGCAGCAGCCUCAACCACAAUUUCUAAUUCCUCCGGUGCCUAAUCCACUUAAUGAUCAAGUUAGACUUGUCGAACAUGAAACUGGGCUGCACGAAGAAACAGCCGAAAGCAAGUCAUAUUUGGCUGAUGUUGAAGUGAAGGUUUUAGGGUUUGAUGCACUGAUCAAGAUUUUAUCAAGAAGGAGACCCGGCCAGCUCAUUAAGGCCAUAGCUGCACUUGAAGAUUUGCAGCUUAAUAUUCUUCACACGAACAUUACUACAAUUGAACAAACUGUUCUCUAUUCUUUCAAUGUCAAGAUUACUGCUGAAGCAAGGUUUACUGCUGAAGACAUUGCAAACUCAGUUCAACAAAUAUUCAGUUUUAUUCAUGCAGAAAGCAACACAUGAUGUAAUGAAAUAGAACUCGAUUCAUUUGUCGCAUAUUUACUUGGAUAUUUACAAACUUGUAUCUUUGUGAGGGUUCUCAAUAUAUGAUCUUCUUUAUAA